CGUGAAAACCUGCUACUACAAUCUAUCACCACAUAAUUUCUUUAUCUUCUCUUAAUCUACAUUUAGGGUUUUCAAAGUUAGAGAGAGAGAGAUGAUGCAGACUCCCUACAAUACUUCAAUUCAGGGGCAGUAUUGUCAUUCUUGCGGAAUGUUACACCACCACAACCAAAGCUGCUGCUACAACAACUCCAACGCCGCCGGCUCUUACUCAGCGGUCUUUUCCAUGCAAAACGGCGGCGUUUUCGAGCCUAACGGCGAGGAUUAUCACUCCUCCUCCGUCGUUGACUGCACUCUCUCUCUUGGAACUCCUUCCACACGUCUUUGCGAGGAGGAUGAGAAACGCAGACGCUCUACUCCCUCUGGUGCGUCUUCCCGCAUCUCCAACUUCUGGGACUUGCUUCAAACCAGAAACAACAACUCCAAAGUGACGCCGUCUGUUAACGUCCCUUCUUUCUCCACUGCUAAUCCCAUCAAACCAACACGCGGUUGCUCUAAUGGCGGCGGCUACUCUCUGCUUGCUAGACGCUGUGCCAACUGUGAUACCACUUCAACUCCUCUAUGGAGAAAUGGUCCUAGAGGCCCAAAGUCCCUAUGCAACGCAUGCGGCAUUCGUUUCAAGAAAGAAGAGAGAAGAACCACGGCGGCUUCAGGGAACGCUGUCGCCGGAUCUAUACCCGUAGCAGUUGAUCAUUACAGUCAUCACAACGCCGGCUACAGCAACUACAGUAUUUCCACUGGUAACAACAAUAAUGGUACUUCGUGGGGUCCUCACACGACGCAGAGGGCCCCUUGCAACUAUCCGGCAAACGAGAUUAGGUUCAUGGAUGAUUAUGGCAGCGCUGGAGCUAACAACUGUGAUUCUGAUGGUGGUCUCAGCGGCGUUCCGUUUCUUUCGUGGAGGCUAAAUGUGGCGGAUAGGGCAAGUCUUGUCCAUGACUUCACCAGAUAGAAAAGGAAAGAGAAAUUGACGUUAGAUUUAAAAAAUUUCCAUGUGGUUUUAUUAUAUUAUGUCUAAUUUAAAAAAAUGGAAGAAAGUGUUUGGAAAAAAUGGUAGAACCGACGAUGUUGAUGGUAUUGAAAGCGACGGUCUAACUUAAGGUUUAUGUUUAUCUAUAAAGUAAA